AUGGCUACAGGACUACCGCCCGGCUGGGAAGUCAGGUACAGCAACAGCAAAAAUCUGCCAUAUUAUUUCAACCCGGCUACCAAGGAGUCCAAAUGGGAGCCACCAGCAGACACCGACAGUGAGACGCUGAAGACCUACAUGGGUCAGUAUCACACCGCCAAUGUGCGUCCCGACAACGCUGGAGCCAAGGACCUGAGUGGCCAGAUUCGAUGUGCACAUUUACUCGUCAAGCAUCGCGACUCGCGCCGGCCGGCUUCGUGGCGACAAGCACAAAUUACUAGGUCAAAGGACGACGCGUAUGGCAUCAUUCAAGAUUACGAAGCCCGGAUCAAGAGCGGAUCUACUAGUCUGGGUGACCUGGCUACCACUGAGAGCGAUUGUCCGUCUGCGAGGAAGCGAGGUGACCUGGGUUUCUUCGGUAAGGGAGACAUGCAAAAGGAGUUCGAGGAGGCGUCGUUCGUAUUGCAGCCUGGUGAGGUCUCGCCGAUAGUGGAGACAGCAUCUGGACUGCACAUCAUCGAAAGACUCGAGUGA